CAAUAACACCAAUGAAGCAAGAAGGCUCUUUGGAGAGAUGGAGAGUGUCUAUGCAGCGCGCAGAGAGCUGAAACACUACGGUUGCAUGACAGACUUGUUUGGGCGUGCGGGUUUGACCAAAGAAGCCAAGGAGAUGAUCGAGGCGAUGCCAAUGAAAGGUGACAUCUUUGUUUGGGGUGGUCUGCUUGGAGGAUGCAGGACAUAUGGGAAUGUUGGGGUCGCGGAGAAAGCAGCCGAGCAGGUGGUGGGGAUGAAGCCCGAAGAUGGAGGGGCUUACUCGGCAAUGGCUAGUGUUUAUGCCACCACGGAGCGUUGGGAUGACUUGGUGAAGGUUAGGGAUGAUGAGAAGAGAGGCAUCAAGAAGAAUGCUGGUUGCAGUUUGGUCAGGUUGGAUGGCUUGGAGUAGCUGAAGGAGUCAAGGGGCAAACUGAGGAAACCUCCUUAAUGCCCGAAAGCUUGUUAAGGAAGGGAUCCUUUGAACUGGUCCAAGG